CUGCUUAUCUGCAACUUUCCAAGAAGACGCUUGCAACGAGGAUGCCUCUCGAUUCAUUGACAUCGCGGAGGCGUUCUCGGUCCUCGGAAACAAUGAAACACGACAACAGUAUGAUGCCAAGCGCAAGCUCAUGGCGUUUGGUUUGUUUGGCGAUGGAUUCAAAAUGCAUUAUCCGGCACCCCACUCGGAUUUGAGCGAGGAGGUCCUCAAUGCGUACAAUGACGAAAUGCGAAGGUGCGCCAUCACACUCAUCCCGCCCCGUAUGGGUAACUUCAUAUUUUCGUUUCUUUCUACAUUCCAUUAUGCAUGA